CAGUGGCUGGUGUGGAGACCUCAGCGACCGUUUCAUGGCCAGGACACUCCGCCGCGCUGCAAUCAUAUCAGCCACCCUGAUCAGCUUCGCGGUGGAGGACCACGAGGGAGGCUAACAGAAGGACGCACAUUCGACCCAGAAGGGAGGGGAGCGGCAGUAACAAGAUCCGGCACUAGUGCACAAGACCAGAGCAUAUGUAUACGCGCCCGCAAAGGGAGUGGUAGUCCAACAGCUUCUUCACGCACUGCACGGGUUUCCCGGCUCAUCCGUGCCACGCGCACGCCGCCUGUCUAGAAAAGCACCGGCACAUCCGGGCAGUGUGGCUGGGUGAGACGAAGGCCCAGCGAGUCAAGCCCGGAGUCAAACGCCGUUCCAUGUAGAACGUGUCAUCAGCAAUCACCAUGCAAUCCACUGCGGGACCCAUUGGCGUGUGGGGCAGUGCUGGCGCAUCGACAUCGGCGCUACCGAAAGUCCGACGCGAUGAUUGAUUGUCGGGUGUCGCGGGAGAGGCGGUGGACGACGUUUUCCGGGCAGCGUGGGUCCUCCUCAUGAGAGUGUCCGAGCAGCAUAUGAUCUUUCCCCGUUCCUUCCUCCCGACCGGGGCGUUGCUUUAAUUGCCACGUGCAAUGUGCGUGACAGGCGGAGGCCAGAGAUUGGGAUAGAACGAAGGCCGUCGGGGACGCGUGUGCAUGGCUCCAGAGAUGGACGGCAGGCAGUUGAUAUCGUGCAAGAACAUCCAGGUGAGUCCUCGAGAAAAAGAAGCGGAUUGCGAACCGAUCAGUGGCGGGUACGAGCCAUCAGAGGGAAAUGAUGCUGUGCAGUCACGUGAUCUUCUUCUGGACGGCAAGUAAUUGAGGAAAUUAGCAUAAGAAAUCAGAUCGAUUGUCGAUGUCUGUGUCAUUGGCACCCGGCGUGGACGGGCAUGAGAGUUCAGAUUGAAUCUACUUGGUCAAUAUGCAAUGCAUCAAUCUACCUCAACUGGUAUGAGAUGUUGAGGACUGACAUCUGCAGUGCUGUCGAGCGGCUCGCCAACGAAGCGCCCACUCGCUGUGCUGAACCUCCCGAAGAUUUGAUUCGCAUGAAGAGCUUUGGGUCGGGGGCUCUCGUCUCCCGGCUUACGCAGUGCAGCGCGCAGUUGUUUCGCGAUCCUCUUCCGCCAGCACGCAUCCUGACCCCACUCUCAAACGCCCCACAAGUAGACUGUCGGACCAUGGACCUGGCUGCGACGGAACGCGUGCCGUCGCUCUGGUUCUUGGACGGGAACAUCGUCAUCAGCGUGCGCGGCGUGCUCUUCCGCGUGUUCCGUGGCAUACUCGCGGCUCAUUCGAGCGUCCUUGCGGAGAUGCUCGCUGCCGAUGCGGAAGAGGGCACGGAGAGCAAGCGGGAGAUGGUGGAUGGGUGCCCGGUUCUCGUGCUGGACGACUCGGCGGCAGACAUGAUGUAUUUUCUAAAAGCGCUUUUCGACUACGAAUUCUUCGCGCCCUAUCCGGCAAAAACAGACUUCGACGCCAUCCACGGCGUUCUUCGGCUUGGCACUAAAUAUCGCGUAGAGCCCCUGCGUCGACGGGCAUUACAACAUCUUUCCUCAGUACACCCGACAAGCCUGUUGGCAUGGGAUGCCCUCUGCGCGACUUCACCCUCCGCUUCCACGUCCUCCCUGGGCUCAUCUACCUCUGCCUCUGCAGCCCCGGCCCCUGCACCAAGGUCGCCCACAACCCGCGCCCCGGCACUGGCGCUGGCACUGACGGAUCCCUACGCCGCCGGCCCCUCCUUCGACUUCUCGCACCUCGAGCUCCCCAUCAUUGCACUCGCACGCGCCGCCUCCGCCCCGUGGAUCCUCCCCACCGCCUUCCUGCGUGCCUUGGCGGUCCUGUCCACCAGCGACAUCCUCGGUGGGAUCGACUACACCGGCGUGCACGUCGAGCUGGAGCGCGCCGACAAGCUGCUCCUGCUGGAUGCGCGCGGGAUGGGCGAGCAGGUCAGCGAUGUGCUCGGCUUCCUGUGGAGCCCCAUGGCAAUCCCCGGGUGUACGGGGCGGAGCGGGUCCGACGGUGGCACCGGCAUGUCGGCGUGCACAGCUGAUCGCAUGGCGGUGAGAGCUGCGGCCGAGCGGUGGAGGGCGGAUGGGCUGUUCCCGAUCGCUAUUAGCACGGGUCCAGUGCCGGGCACUUUCGCAGAGGACGACGAGCAGGACGACAAAGACAUGGAUCAAGAUCCAGAUGAUUCUGGCCGGGCGAUCUGGUCCGAGGAGGACUUUACUCGACUCCGGGUUUGCUCGACGUGCAUGGCCUACAUGCGUGCGGAUUGGACGUCUCGUAGGGAACGAUUCUGGGAACGUCUUCCUGCUGUGUGGGGAUUGCACAAGUGGGAGGAGCUUGAGAGAAUGAGGCGGGAGAGUGGAUGUUAGACGUAAGAAAAUAGACAAGCUUUGCUUCAUCCACCUGCACUUUGUAUAUCGCACCGAAUCUGACUGUAUUUCUAUUGAUUGUCUGACCCAAGUCUCAGAAGUCACUAUGGACUAGCUCACUUUUCGAUAAUGUGUGAUCAUGUAUGAAUGAG